AUGGGCAAGAACAGAAAGUCAAAACGCCAAUUGGUGCGCGACGAGAAACGUGCCAAGAAGAGAGGAUUGGAAAUUGAACACGAAGAAGAGAGAGACAUCAAGAAGCAACGCCGCGAAGAGGAAGCCCACCAAGACGCCUUCGCUCCCGUCACCGACGCCGGAUAUGUUCCUCCUCCCCUCGACGGUACCUACGACGAGAAUGCGUUCCCAGGUGGCCCUGAGGAGGGCCGUCGCAAUGGCCCCAACACCAACUUCGAGCGCGAGUUCUUCGGCAUGCUCGCCGAACAGGAGCAGGAGUACUUCCGCCACGCCGACGAGCUGCUCGAGCUGAAUGACUUCCCCUCCACCGAGGAGCGCGACAUCUUUUUGCAGAACGUAUACAAAGAAUUGCGCGGCAAGGAGCUCAAGGUGGCCAGCAGUCAGUCAUGCUCGCGCCUUAUGGAACGCCUGAUCCUGCUGUCCAACACCCGCCAGAAGAAGAGCCUGUUCGACGCCUUUGGCGGCCAUUUCAUCUCGCUUGUCACCCAUCGUUUUGCCAGUCAUUGUUGCGAAAAGCUUUUCUUGCAAUCCGCGCCCGUCGUCACCCAGGAGCUGAGCGGCGAGUACGAGCAGGAGCCCCUGCCAGAGGGCGAGGAGGAGACGGAGGCCAUGAAGUCGUCAAUGGAGGAUCUCUUCCUCCUGACGCUGGACGAGUUGGAGGAACACUUGGGGUAUUUGCUCACUGACAGGUUCGGCUCGCACGCCAUCCGUGCGCUGCUCGUCAUCCUUUCCGGAAGGCCGCUGGAUCAGGCGGGUACAAAGAGUAUGUUGCAGAGCAGGAAGAAGGAAUACAUCACAGUGGAGGGCGCUGCGGCAAACCAGAGUGAAUUGAGCUCCCAAAUCAGAGCGGUGCCUUCGUCGUUUACCAUGGCGAUCAAGAAGAUCAUUGACGAUUCCACAAUGACAAUGGAUGCUACGGCAUUGAGGGUGCUGGCGAAGCAUCCUACCGGUAACCCGACACUGCAGCUGCUCUUGGAGCUGGAGCUGACCAUGUUCGUGAAGGGCAAGGAGAAGAAGGAGAAGAACAAGCAGAAGAAGGACGAUGAAGAGGCGGAGGAAAAGAAGGAAGAGACACAAUCCGAGGUUACGCUCUUGGGCAUGCUUGUCCCCGACGCACCCGCCGCAUUUGCCGAUAACACCACCCAGGCCGCCGAGUUCGUCAACUCCAUGAUCUACGACCCGAUCGGUUCCCGACUUCUUGAGACACUCAUCACCCACUGCCCUGGAAAGAUUUUCAAGGGUCUCCAGCAACACAUCUUCGGUCCCCGUAUCCAGAGUCUGCUCCGCAACGAUAUCGCCUGCUACCCCGCCAUCAAGGUUCUCAACCGUCUCAGCAGAGAAGAUCUCGCUGAUGCCGUUGAGAAGUCCUUGCCCGAGAUGGCAAGCUUCGUCGACAAGGGUCGCUUCAACGUUAUCAGGACCCUUUUCGAGCGCUGCCACAUCCGUAAUGGAACUGAUGAGAUCAACGCCCUUCUUAAGGCUCUUACAUCUGCUUACGGCAACGACUGGAAGAAGCUCGUGCCUAAGCUUUGCAUGCUCGAUGAGGAUGUCGUCGAGGAGGAACAAAAGCCAGACCCCAAGUUCCAAACACAAGAAGCCAAGAACAAGGCCUUCAUGCUCAACCACGGCUGCCAACUCGUCGCUGCCCUGCUAGCCAUUCCCGGCCAGCCUUCAAAGGCCAUCCAAGCGUCACUUGCCGCCCUUAAGCCGGCACAGGUCAUGAAGAUGGCCACGACCUCUCACAACACCUCUUCGAUCCUCGUCAAGGCUCUCCAGACGCCUGCCACAAACCCGACCUUCCACAAGGUCCUCGUGUCGUCUCUUCUCCCCCACGUUUACGAGCUCGCCACCUCGCAACAGGGCUCCGCCGUCCUCAACGAAAUCAUCUCUCUGCCAUCCAAGCCGGCCGAGCCCAACGCGCCUGCGGUCCCCUUCCACAUGAAGGAGAACAUCAUCUCGCAGCUUGCGAACUACGAAAGUGAGCUCAGAGAGACUUGGCUGGGACGCAACGUGUGGCGGACGUGGAAGGGCGACAUGUGGAGCCACAGACGCCAUGAUUGGGUCAGGUGGGCGAAGGAGACGGACCCGGAGACGGCGAGAGUAGCGGCGAUCCCCAGGAAGAGGGAGGAGAAGGAGAAGGAGGAGGCCGAGAAGAAGCCGAAGGGAUAUCUUGGAAAGAACUUUGAUCCCAAGAAGCUCAAGGGGUUUGCGGCGAAGAAGUUUGAGAAGAAGGAGGCGGAGGCAUAG